CAGACCAUGUGUGCAUUUGUAAAUAAAUAAAGUUUAAUAGGCACCAAAUAACAGGCGCUUAUCACUAAAGGAACUGAUAAUGGCAACUCGUAUUGGACGUCCAUCUAAAAAAUAAAAGCAAUAGCUGCACUAAAUUAAACACAUAUAUAUAUGUACAUGCAGCUAUGUCGGAGAGACCUGUAUGUAUAGAGACCAGUAAUGUUCGAGAAGUCAAUGUGAGAAGAUCUUUGUAGGAACUGGUAAUUGAACCAAACAGUAAACAACAAUCUGUGUGCGCAGUGUUUUUGUUGAGAUAAGACAAAAACGGAUUUUUAUUUUGAGCAAGCCACUCAAAAUAAUUGCGAAAUUUUACAACGCUUCCGUACCCUUGAAAUGCGGGUGGUUUCAGUAUCAAAAACCGCAAUUUUCGUUAAUAGUACAACAGUAAUAAUUAAGCGAAGGAGGAAAGUGAGGGCGAAGUUCAUUGGCGGCGCUCCAUAAUCACAUAUGUACGUAUACGUAUAUUCAUGUAAAUGUUCAGUCUUCGCAUAUGUACAUUAGCCACUCGUAUGGAAUAAUCCGCUUAUUUGAAAACAAAAGGCGAAAGAAAAACAAUUCGUUAUCUUGAAAUCGAUUAAAUAUAUGGUGAUAGCUGUGCUUGUUAGAAUCAAGCGAAGUGGCGUUAACUAUGCAAAUCUUUGUUUUUUAACAUCUGAGGACGCGCAAUAAAUACGGCAAGCUACAAUUAUUAACAUCUUUAGUGAAACCAUACAACACAUUAAUACAACAACAAUAGUUGUAUACCGUCGCAGAAAUAAUUUUAUCAACAGCUGCAAUCGUUAAACUGGCGAAAGGAAGUAUUUGGGAAUUAUUGAUAUUGAUAUUGCUAAAUAAUAUUGUUAUUACUGCGAGAAAAAGUCGACAGAGGAAAUGUUUAAGCCAACAACGCUAACUCAUAAAUUGGCAAAAGGUUCUCUAUUUUCAGAUUAUCGCGCAUGGCGCAAAUUCAGCAAUCAUAACAAGGAUGCUGGUGAGGGUAUGGCCAAAUAUCCACCACCUCAAUUCAAAUUACAACGUGCGCUUAUUAUAACCAAAUUUUCACGAUAUGAAUUCGAACAGAUGCGCUAUCCAAAACUCAGUCGUGAAGAGUUGGAGAAAAGGCUACGCGAUCGUGGCACCGACUAUGAGAUGUUAAUGUAUCUCCAUAACUUACAUAAGGAUUUUGAAAGAAACGUGGUACAUAGCUUUCUAGAUGUUGGCUGCGAAGUGAAAGUGGCUAAUAGAGUCGAAUUUAGAAGCUCCCUAAGCAAGGAGAUAAUGAAAUGGGCGGAUUUGAUAGUGCCUGUUGGUGGCGAUGGCACCUUCUUGCUUGCAGCCGGACGCGCUAGUCCACUUUUUGCACAGAGUCAACAGAAAACACCCAUUGUUGGCUUUAACUCAGAUCCACAACGAUCCGAGGGUCGAUUAAUGUUGCCAAAAUAUUAUACAGAAAAUACAGCAGAUGCGGUGGCCAGGAUAAAGAGUGGCGAUUUCCAAUGGAUGUAUCGUACACGCAUUCGUACUUCUAUACUUGGUAAUAAUGGUAAAAUCCCCGAGUCUACCGAUUUAUAUCGCCACACUGUAACCAAAAUGGAACAAGAAAAGACUGAACCGGAAUAUUUGAGUAAGUCAUGGGCGUUGCGAUACAAGGCGAAAAUGAAGCGAGUUCUGCCUUAUUUAGCAUUGAACGAGGUUUUCAUUGGCGAACAACUUUCAGCACGUGUAUCACAUUUACAAUUAGUGAUCAACCAUCAGGAUAUAGACAAUAAAACAAAGUGUUCUGGAUUAUGCGUGAGCACUGGAACAGGAUCGACUUCGUGGCACACGAGCAUAAAUCGCAUUACAACCCAACAAGUUGAGGAUUUGGUACGUAUAUUGCCCAUAGACGAGCCCGGCGGCGGCAGACCAAUGCCUGCUUUUGAUGCUGACGCAAUUGCAACUCAAUACAAUCAAAAUUUACGCUUUGCGCCUGAUGAUCCACGCUUGUGCUAUUCAAUACGCGAACAAAUUUGUGUUGGUGUUUGGCCAAGUCCAAAGGACUUCAAGGCGCGCAGAUUCGUGAAUAGCUUAUUUGUGAAGUCACGUUGCAUUGAUGCGAAUCUUGUGAUCGAUGGUAGCAUUUCCUAUCCAUUCAAUGAUGGUGCGAAGGCGUUACUGGAAGUACAUCCAGAGGAUGCACUGCUUACUAUAUCUCUGGAUUAAGCAAUAACUAUUACUUGUUAGAUUUAAGAGCGUUUCUUAAAGUGCACACAACCAUGACAUUUUGGAUUGCUCUAGGGUAUAGGAUAUACCUAUUUAUAUAGGAUAUGCAUAAAAAACUUAAAAUAUGUAGAUACACACAUAUGUGAUUUAAGCUUUCAAUAAGUUUGGGUGUAAAGUGUGCAGCACGUUUAGAGUAAUUUUUUUUACUGUUAUCGUAUAAGCUACUAAAAUGUACGUACGUAUAAAUACAUACUAAGCUCUAAUAAAACUUGCAUGUUUCUGAAAA